AACAUAUCAAAUGUGUAAAAAUGUCAUCAAGCUUAGCGGAUGCUCUGUGCAAUCGGACAUCCAUACAGGAGUUGAGUCUGAUGGAGAAAACCAUCUUCUCCAAUGCUUGGUUUUCAGAGGAAAACGAAAGAAAAAUAGACUCGAAGAUAGAGAAGGUGUGCAUUCACGGUUUUCAUCUAAACGAGAAUGACCCAACAGCAUCACGUGACCUAGUCAGGUUUCUGUGUCUCCUGCCAUGUCUUACCGACCUGAUGAUAAAGGGCUCUAGAUCUGACAGUCAUUACAAUCGUCUUUUCCUUCUUGAUGAUUUCUACCACGAACUUGCUCGUCAGGCCUCAUCCUCAAAGAUAGAGAAGGUGUGCAUUCACGGUUGUCAUCUAAACAAGAAUGUCCCAACAGCAUCACGUGACCUAGCCAGGUUUCUGUGUCUCUUGCCUUGUCUUACCGAACUGAUGAUAAAGGGCUCUGACGAUCAAUAUAUUAAUCUUCUAUUCCUUCGUGAUGAUUUCUACCACGAACUUGCUCGUCAGGCCCCAUCUUCAAAGAUAGAGAAGGUGUGCAUUCACGAUUGUGAUCUAAACAAGAAUGACCCAACAGCAUCACGUGACCUAGCCAGGUUUCUUUUUUUCCUGCCUUGUCUCACCGACCUGACGAUAAAGGGCUCUGACGAUCAAUUUAAUCAUAUUUUCCUUCAUGAUGAUUUCUACCACGAACUUGCUCGUCAGGCCUCAUCCUCAAAGAUAGAGAAGGUGUGCAUUCACGGUUUUCAUCUAAACAACAAUGACCCAACAGCAUCACGUGACCUAGCCAGGUUUCUGUGUCUCCUGCCUUGUCUCACCGACCUGACGAUAAAGCACUAUGCCGAUAAACUUUUCCAUCGUGAUGAUUUCUACCUCGAACUUGCUCGUCAGGCCUCAUCCUCAAAGGUGAUUGGCAAGGUGUUUUAACGUUAACCAGGAAUACGGGACAUUGGCCAUAGUAUGGUUAACUAGAAUGAUGAAUAAUGAAACUGUAAACUACUUUGUACCACAAUUUACGAGCAAACAAAAUGAGUUAAACCAUAUAGUAAAGAAAAGUCCUUUGAUGUUUUAUUACCAUAAUAUGAAUGAUUGUUUCGUUUUAUUA